AUGACUUCCCUCAAGUCACCCUGCAGCGGCGCUGCCAUCCAAGACGACGACGACUACACGACAGCCACGACGUCCGGCGCUCAGACCGAAGGCACCGAACUUGCUCGGAAAAGACGCCACUCCUUCUUUAUUCCGAGACGCAAGUCUAUUGUCAACCAAAUCAUGGACGGGGAGGAGCAUUUGCUACUCAAGGUCGACCUCUUCCUAUCCGAGCUCGAGCGCCGCCUCGAAUUCUUAGAAAACUACGGCGAGCUCACCUUCGACUCGAGCAUCUCCCGCGCUUUUUCCACUUUGCAGACCGUCCGCGCCCGAUGCUCCCACGCCUCGGAAGAGGUCCUCGGCGCCGGCCGCAGGCGUCUGCACAUUAUGGUGGAGACCCUCGAGGCCCGCUACCAGGGCGCCCUGGCCUCGGCUGAGUCCCUCAACGAGAAGGCCCGCGUCGGCAUCGAGCUGCUCGAUGACAUGCUUUCCGAGUUUGAGAACCGCGCCCACAAACUGCGCGAGCAGGGGCUCGCCAACGCCGCCGAUGCCGCGGGCGCCUUCAUGAGCGAGGGUCGCCGCGUCGUCGACGGCGGUAUCGGGCUGGCGAGGGAGGUUGUCGACGAGGGUAUCGAGAGGGCGAUGCGCGCCGCCGAGAGCCUUGAGGAGAAGAUUGCGCUCGCCGUUGCUAGGGCCCGGGAGACGAAGCUCAUUGCCUACGACGACCUGCCUGUACCGUGGCGCAUCAACCCACACAUCCGCGAGGGCUACCGCUUCACCGAGUCCAAGCUCGAGUGCAUCUGGUCUGCCUUUGGUCUCUCCAACGAGCUCGUCAACAUUUGGUCGCACGCCAUCGGCCUCUUCAUCGUUCUCGCCGUCGCCCUCUACUUCUACCCGCGCAACGUCAACUUCCAGUUCAGCACAAAGACGGACAUCUUCAUCGCCGCCGUCUUCUUCUUCACCGCUUGCCUGACGCUCGUCUGCUCGACCAUCUGGCACACCAUGAACGCCGUCGCCGACGUCGACGCCAUUUCCAUCUUCGCCUGCGUCGACUACACGGGUAUCUCGCUGCUUAUCGCUGCCUCGAUUGUCACGACAGAGUACACGGCCUUCUACUGCGACCCCGUGAGCCGCUGGCUCUACAUGGGCACGACGGCCUUCCUUGGCAUCGGCGGCGUCAUCCUCCCAUGGCACCCUACCUUUAAUGGAGCGGACAUGGCGUGGGCGCGCGUCGCCUUCUUCUGCGGCCUCGGCGCCACCGGUUUCUUGCCGAUCCUGCAGCUCUACUUCUCCCACGGGCCCGAGUUCGUAUGGGAGUUUUACACCCCCAUCGCCAAGAGCAUCUUCGUCUACGUCCUCGGUGCGUUCGUUUACGCAAGCAAGAUCCCCGAGCGAUGGUGCCCCGGCAUGUUCGACUACAUUGGCGGCAGCCACAACCUCUGGCAUCUUGCGGUCCUGGGUGGUAUCUUGUUCCACUACACGGCCAUGCAGUCGUUUUUUCGCGAAUGCCUUCAGACAGGCGGAGGGAGAGUGCUCCGUCUUUUGAGGCUGAAAUGUGAACGUGCUGUAGCCUGGUUUGCCUGGUGA